GAGAAGAAGCUUCCUAGAGAGAGAGAGGAGGAGAAAUGCCCAUAAUGAUAAUAAUAAUUAUUAAUAAUAAUAAAAGGGGGAGCUUUGGGUCUAAAAGGAGGAGCAUUGGGUCUCAAAACGGCAAUGGCGACGCUGUAAAAGUCGUGCUUAUUCCUCCUUCCCCUUCCCCUUCGCAUUCCCAUUCCCAUUCCCAAGCCCACCAUUGACCUUCUAGAAACCCGGGAAAAUUUGUUCCAAUUUAUGGGCAAUUUUUUUCUCCACGCGCACGUUUUUUCGCGAAUUUGGUUCUACAAAUCCGAGUCAAAGAGGGAUUUUUGAGCGGCCAAAGCUUGAAGAAGCUUCAACGCGCCUCUCCGCUUCCCCCAAACGGAGUUUUCAAAGAAGCGUGGGGGUGGGGAGGGUGCAACCCUUUAUAGAGCGUGGGUUAGCUCUAAUCCAUUACGUUAUAGGGAAAAGUUGGGAUUUUUACUUGUGGGUAUUCGUUGGAAUAGCUUAUUCCCUCCUAUUCUCAUCUUAUUCUCGUACAAAUUAGAGAAAAAGAGGGGUUUUGCUUUGUGGGUGUUCCUCGGAAUAGCUUAUUCCCUCUUAUUCUCAUCUUAUUCUUGUACAAAUUAGAGAAAAGGUGUGAUUUUUAUUCGUGGGAAUAGCUUAUUCCCUCCUAUUUCAUCUUAUUCUGAUACAAAUUAGAGAAAAAGGUGUGUUUUUUAGCUGUGGGUAUUCGUGGGAAUAGCUUAUUCCCUCCUAUUUCAUCUUAUUCUGAUACAAAUUAGAGAAAAAGGUGUGUUUUUUAGCUGUGGGUAUUCGUGGGAAUAGCUUAUUCCCUCUUCUUCUCAUCUUAUUCUUAUAUAUACAAAUUAGAGAAAAAGGUGUGAUUUUUAGUUGUGGGUAUUCGUGGGAAUAGCUUAUCCCCUCUUAUUCUUGCUUGAUAGGGAGAAAAGGCGCGAUUUUUCGUCGUCGGAAUAACUUUAUUUAUUCUCCCUUAUUCUUGUUUUGCGUGUUCUUAUCAACCUCUGCAGCUGAGUGUUUGUGUGUGUGUGUUUUGGGGAGGAAUAGUUAUUCUUGGGUCAAUUAUCAGAAGGAUAAGAGUUUGCAUCAGAAUUCGCAGUUUGCUGAGAUUUCGGCAGCGAAAACGCGCCUUCGAAAAGGCUCCAAUUUUAUAUAUUCUUGUGAAUUGUUUGGCGGAAUAAGGAGGAGGAGGAGAAGAAGAAGAACAAAUGGCUAGGAAUAGUGAGAGGAGGAAGAGGAAGAUUAGGCUGAGUAAAUUGUACAGCUUCUCAUGUUUCAGAUCAGGUUCCGAGGAGGAGCAGUCGCGGAUCGGGGGGCCCGGGUUCUCCCGGAUAGUGUUCGCGAACGAUCCCGACUGCUUCGAGGCCACGAACUUGAACUACCCUGUGAAUUAUGUGUCGACGACGAAGUACACGGUCGCCACAUUCCUGCCCAAGUCCCUGUUUGAGCAGUUCAGGAGGGUGGCCAACUUCUAUUUCCUGCUGUCGGGCUGCCUGUCGUUCACGCCGCUGGCCCCGUACUCGGCCGUCAGCGCCAUUCUGCCGCUCCUCGUCGUGAUCGGCGCGACGAUGGCGAAGGAGGGGAUCGAAGAUUGGCGGCGGAAGCAGCAGGAUAGUGAGGUGAACAACCGAAAGGUUAAAGUUCACCGCGGCGAAGGCCACUUCGACUACACCGAGUGGAAGAAUCUUCGAGUUGGCGAUAUAGUGAAGGUGGAAAAGGACGAUUUCUUCCCCGCCGACCUAAUCUUGCUUUCGUCGAGCUACGAAGACGCAAUUUGUUACGUAGAAACCAUGAAUUUGGACGGGGAAACGAAUCUGAAGCUAAAGCAAGCGCUCGAGGUGACGUCGAAUUUGCAAGACGAUAGUAGCUUCAAAGAUUUCAAAGCAAUCGUGCGGUGCGAAGACCCGAACGCGAACUUAUACUCUUUCGUCGGAAGCGUCGAGCUCGAGGGCCAGCAAUACCCUCUCUCUCCUCAGCAAAUUCUUCUCAGAGAUUCGAAGCUGCGGAACACCGACUACAUUUACGGGGUUAUAAUUUUUACGGGGCACGAUACGAAGGUCAUGCAGAACGCGACGGCACCGCCUUCGAAGAGAAGCAAAAUCGAGCGAAAAAUGGAUAAGAUUAUCUACCUCUUGCUCUCGUCUUUGGUGCUAAUCUCGGUUAUCGGGUCGAUCUUCUUUGGGAUUUGGACCAGGGAAGAUUUGAAGAGUAGCGGUCGAAUGAAAAGGUGGUAUUUAAGGCCCGACGAUACGACGAUCUACUUCGAUCCGAACAAAGCGGCUCUGUCCGCUUUUUUCCAUUUCCUGACGGCCAUGAUGCUUUAUAGUUACUUCAUUCCGAUCUCGUUGUACAUCUCCAUCGAAAUAGUGAAGCUUCUGCAAGCGCUCUUCAUCAACAGAGAUAUUGAAAUGUAUCACGAGGAAUCGGAUAAGCCGGCGCACGCGCGCACUUCGAAUUUGACCGAAGAGCUCGGCCAAGUCGACACGAUCCUCUCCGAUAAGACCGGGACAUUGACUUGCAACUCGAUGGAGUUCGUGAAGUGCUCGAUUGCGGGGACCGCUUAUGGCCGCGGAAUCACGGAAGUCGAAAAAGCAAUGGCUCGAAGAAAAGGAUCGCCGUUAAUGCAAGAUCUCGAAAACGGGGGAAUCGAUGAUGAGCAAGACGAGGGGAAGACGCCGGUUAAGGGGUUUAACUUCAAGGACUCACGAGUUAUGGAUGGAAAUUGGAUUCGAGAGCCUCAUGCGGAUGUUAUCGAGAAGUUUUUCCGGUUAUUGGCCAUUUGUCACACUUGUAUACCCGAAAUAGACGAAGAAACCAGAAGGAUUACUUAUGAAGCGGAGUCUCCGGACGAGGCUGCAUUCGUUAUUGCCGCAAGGGAAUUGGGUUUCGAGUUCUAUCAAAGGACGCAGACGACCAUAUCUCUUCACGAAUUCGAUCCCAUGUCGGGCCACGUAGUCGAAAGAUCCUAUCGGCUGUUGAAUAUCUUGGAGUUUAGUAGCGCUCGGAAGCGAAUGUCAGUGAUCGUUAGAGACGAGGAGGGGAGGUUACUUUUGCUAAGCAAAGGUGCCGAUAGUGUGAUGUUCGAGAGGCUCGCGAAGGAUGGGACAGGGUACGAAGAAGCGACUAGGAAACAUAUCAACGAUUACGCUGAUGCCGGACUGAGAACAUUAGUUCUCGCGUACCGGGAACUCGACGAGGAAGAGUACGAGGAGUUCAAUAGAAGAUUCAGCGCCGCCAAGAACUCGGUCAGCGCCGACAGAGAUGAGAAGAUCGAAGAAGCCGCGGAUAUGAUAGAGAGAGAUCUCGUUCUUCUCGGCGCCACCGCUGUUGAAGACAAGCUGCAAAAUGGGGUGCCUGAGUGCAUCGACAAACUCGCACAAGCUGGGAUCAAGUUGUGGGUUUUGACGGGCGACAAGAUGGAGACCGCCAUCAAUAUUGGCUUCGCCUGUAGCCUUCUGAGGCAAGGAAUGAAGCAGAUAAUUAUCACUUUGGAAACACCGGAUAUAAUUGCUUUAGAGAAAAGCGGGAACAAAGAAGCCGUCGCCAAGGCAUCGAAGGAGAGUGUUGUGCGGCAAAUAAACGAGGGGCAGAAGCUCGUUAGCUCGUCAUCUGAUUCUUCUUUCGCUCUGAUCAUCGAUGGGAAGUCACUUACUUACGCUCUCGAAGAUGAUGCUAAAAACUCGUUCCUACAACUUGCGAUUAGCUGUGGAUCAGUAAUAUGCUGCCGUUCUUCGCCCAAACAAAAAGCUCUCGUUACGAGGCUCGUUAAGGAGGGGACACGCAAAGUGACCUUAGCUAUCGGAGACGGUGCGAAUGACGUGGGCAUGCUUCAAGAAGCCGACAUAGGGAUCGGCAUCAGCGGCGCCGAAGGAAUGCAGGCUGUAAUGUCGAGCGACGUAGCCAUCGCUCAAUUCCGGUUUCUCGAGAGGUUGCUGCUCGUGCACGGGCAUUGGUGCUACCGAAGGAUCUCGUCGAUGAUAUGUUACUUCUUCUACAAGAACAUCACGUUCGGGUUCACCCUCUUCUUUUACGAGGCGUAUACGUCGUUCUCGGGAGAACCCGCGUACAACGAUUGGUUCCUGUCGCUCUACAACGUCUUGUUCACGUCCCUUCCAGUGAUCGCGUUGGGUGUGUUCGACCAGGACGUCUCCGCUCGCUAUUGCCUAAAGUUCCCGAUGCUGUACCAAGAAGGCGUGCAGAACGUGCUGUUCAGCUGGACGCGGAUCCUGGGGUGGAUGCUGAACGGAUUGGCGAGCGCGGCCAUCAUCUUCUUCUUCUGCACCCACAUCUUCCAGCACCAGGCGUUCCGGAUCGGCGGCGAGGUCGCGGACUUCAACGUGCUCGGGGCCGCCAUGUACACGUGCGUCGUGUGGGUCGUCAACUGCCAGAUGGCGCUGUCGGUCUCCUACUUCACCCUCAUCCAGCACGUCUUCAUCUGGGGCGGCAUCGCGCUGUGGUACCUCUUCCUCGUCGUGUACGGCGCCAUCUCGCCCGACUACUCGACCACGGCCUACAUGGUCUUCGUCGAGGAGCUGGCCCCCGCGCCGUCGUACUGGAUCGUCACCCUGUUCGUCGUGGUCGCGACCCUCGUCCCGUACUUCAGCUACGCGGCAGUCCAGAUGCGGUUCUUCCCGAUGUACCACAACAUGAUCCAGUGGAUUCGGCACGAGGGCCGCGCUGACGACCCCGAGUACUGCCAGAUCGUCCGGCAGCGGUCGGUCCGCCCGACCACCGUCGGGCUGUCCGCAAGGCUCGACAUGACAGUCAGCGAGCUGGCGCGGAAAGCCCACGACGUGGCGCACGACGUGGUUCACGUGGCGCACGACGCGGUUCACGCGCUGUGACGCCGUUCUGUACAGUCGACAGACACACGAUAAUGACGGUCAGAGAUCGACGGCGCGCUGUGAUGCCGUUCUGUACAGUCGACAGACACACAAUAAUGACAGGUAGAGAUCGAUCGGUCGGUAGCAGCAGGAACGAAGAGAUCGAGGGGUGCGCUCGCGCGCGCACUCAGCUUUUUUUUCGUGGAUUACACUUCCAUUUUUUUCUUUUUUGGUUCUUAGAUGGUAGAUAAAAGUUUCUGUAAAUGGUUGCCUUUUUAUUUAGGGGGGGAUGAGUUUAUACAGGAGGAAUGUAAAUUUUUGGUUCAUGGCCCUUUUGUGGGUCAUUGUUAUUCAUUUUGCACACAUAUAGUUCUUAAUAAAAGCUUAUUUUUAGAAAA